CGAAGGCCCCCGGAAGUGGUGUAUACCGGGAAACCGUGCAGCGGAAGCAGUGUCUGGCAGGGGACUGUGGGGCUACCCGGCCGGAGACGCUGCUUCUUGUUGCUAGACGACGCGAGCUAGCCUUCGUCACUUCCUAAGCCCGCGUCAGCCCACUCCCCAGGCGGGAACCCAGGGGCCCGGAGCCCGGGUGGACUCGUCUUCCGAGGUUCAGGAUCGCAGCCGGCUCGGCAGCUGGAGUCAAGGCCACGCCACCUGAGGGGAAGAACAUAAGCUGGGGUGGGAAGAUGGCUGCAGACAAGCCUGCAGGCAGUUGUUUGGUUCAAAAUGAAGCCUAUUGGAUUAAAGGGUGUCAAGGUUUUUGCUCCUAAGAGCUCUGUGCGCCUGGAAGGUCAGCCAUGUUCAUUAGGCCAGAGUAGAAGGAAAGUCAAGCUUAUGGAUGAACGGCCAUACACUCUUACAAUUGGCAAUGGAGACUACUUUUGGACAAAUAAAGACACAUUAUGGAAUUACGUGCAGACUCUUUCUGAUCAGGGAGCAGAGAAACACGAAGGGACAAGUCAGUCCUCUGGGAUCACUGAUCAAGAGAAGGAGUUGUCCACCAGUGCUUUCCAAGCUUUCACAGCUGGAAAUUACGAUGCCUGUCUGCAACACCUUGCUUGCCUACAAGAAGUAAACAAAGAUGAUUAUAAAAUAAUUUUGAAUACAGCAGUGGCUGAGUUUUUUAAAAAUAAUCAAACGACAACAGAUAGUUUGAGACAAACGCUUAACCAGCUGAAGAAUCAGGUCCACUCAGCUGUUGAAGAAAUGGAUGGAUUAGAUGAUGUGGAGAACAGCAUGUUGUAUUAUAAUCAGGCAGUCAUUCUUUAUCAUCUGCGGCAGUACACAGAAGCGAUAGCAGUUGGUGAAAAGCUUUACCAGUUCAUAGAACCUUUUGAAGAAAAAUUUGCCCAAGCAGUGUGUUUUUUGCUUGUAGACCUAUAUAUAUUAACCUAUCAAGCUGAGAAAGCUUUGCAUCUUCUUGCUGUCCUAGAAAAAAUGAUUUCACAAGGCAGCAACAACAAAAAUGGGAAGAAUGAGACUGGUAAUAACACCAACAAAGACGGAUUGAAUCAUAAAGCUGAAAGUGGAGCCCUAAUAGAAGCUGCAAAAUCAAAGAUACAUCAGUAUAAAGUAAGAGCUUAUAUCCAAAUGAAGUCCCUGAAAGCAUGCAAAAGGGAAAUCAAGUCAGUCAUGAACACAGCUGGAAAUUCUGCGCCCUCUCUGUUUCUUAAAAGCAAUUUUGAGUACUUAAGAGGCAAUUAUCGGAAAGCUGUGAAGCUAUUAAAUAGUUCAAACAUUGCUGAACAUCCAGGAUUCAUGAAAACAGGUGAAUGCUUGAGAUGCAUGUUCUGGAAUAAUCUUGGUUGCAUCCAUUUUGCCAUGAGCAAGCACAAUUUGGGAAUUUUCUACUUUAAAAAGGCUCUACAGGAGAAUGACAAUGUUUGUGCACAGCUCAGUGCAGGCAGCACUGAUCCAGGCAAGAAAUUUUCGGGAAGACCCAUGUGUACAUUGCUAACCAACAAGAGGUAUGAGUUGCUAUAUAACUGUGGCAUUCAGCUUCUUCACAUUGGAAGACCUCUUGCUGCCUUUGAGUGUCUGAUUGAAGCUGUUCAGGUUUAUCAUGCAAAUCCCCGCCUCUGGCUAAGGCUGGCUGAAUGCUGCAUUGCUGCAAAUAAGGGGACUGCUGAACAAGAAACUAAAGGCCUUCCAAGUAAGAAAGGAAUUGUACAGUCUAUUGUUGGUCAAGGCUAUCAUCGUAAAAUAGUUCUGGCAUCACAGUCCAUACAGAAUACUGUAUAUAAUGAUGGACAGUCUUCAGCCAUUCCUGUAGCCAGUAUGGAGUUUGCAGCCAUUUGUCUCAGAAAUGCCUUGUUGCUCUUACCCGAGGAACAGCAAGAUCCAAAGCAGGAAAAUGGGUCUAAAAAUAGUAAUCAAUUAGGUGGGAACACGGAAAGCAGUGAAAGCAGUGAAACUUGCAGCAGUAAAAGCCAUGAUGGAGAUAAAUUCAUUCCAGCUCCACCUUCUUCUCCAUUGAGAAAACAAGAAUUAGAAAACUUAAACCCUUCUCUUUUGUGUUUCAGAUGCUCCAUACUUGCCUGUAGUGCUUACGUGGCUCUGGCUCUGGGUGAUAACCUUAUGGCUUUGAAUCACGCAGAUAAACUUCUUCAGCAGCCCAAGCUGUCAGGAUCACUUAAGUUUUUGGGCCAUUUAUAUGCUGCAGAAGCCCUCAUCUCUCUGGACAGAAUAUCUGAUGCCAUUACUCACUUGAACCCAGAGAAUGUCACUGAUGUUUCCUUAGGGAUUUCUUCAAAUGAGCAGGACCAAGGUUUAUUUUCAUGUUUUGUAGGAUCAGACAAAGGUGAAAAUGAAGCAAUGGAAUCCACUGGGAAGCGAGCCCCUCAGUGCUACCCCAGUUCGGUCACCUCUGCCAGGACGGUGAUGCUGUUUAAUCUUGGCAGCGCCUACUGCUUGAGGAGCGAAUACGACAAAGCCCGGAAGUGUCUCCACCAGGCGGCUUCGAUGAUACAUCCUAAAGAGGUGCCCCCUGAAGCCAUCUUACUGGCAGUCUACCUUGAACUGCAAAAUGGUAAUACCCAGCUGGCCUUACAGAUCAUCAAAAGGAAUCAGCUGCUCCCUGCAGUGAAAACACUGUCUGAGAUGAGAAAGAAGCCAGUGUUCCAGCCUGUCCACCCGAUCCAGCCCAUCCAAAUGCCAGCUUUCACUGCACAGAGAAAGUGACAUUUUUGCUCUUGGAAAACUGUUACUUGAGACCCAGGGGAGUAUUUAUGGGCCUUUUUAGUUGUAUCACAGCAAAAUGAAUAAAAGCAAAUGGUGAAAGGUGCUAGUUUUGGACACAAUUUUGAAAUGAUUCUAAUCCCUGGCUUUUUGGGUUUUUUGUUUGUUUGUUUGUUUGUUUUGUUUUUGCCAGAAGCUUACUUAAAAUUAAGGAUUCACAAACUCAUUUUCAUCUGUUUUUCUUUAAUCUUACAUUUUGCGCCAUUAUGUGAUGUAUCCAUGUCAUAGGCAAUUAAAACAUGGUCUUAUCAAAA